GAAACCCACCAAAAAAAAUAAUAAUAAUAAAGAUAAAGAUAAACCAAAGACAGAGAGGAAAAAGAAAACAGGUCAAUUAACAGGAGAGAUGGUGGAAAUCUUUGCAAUUCUUGGAGGAGCUCUAAAUGCCGCAGCGAAAGUUGGAGAGUUUAUAUUGACUCCAAUUGGGCGACGAUUCGGUUACAUGAUCAACUACAACAGCAACAUCGACAAUCUCAGAAACCAAGUUGAGAAGCUGGAAAAUACGAGAGUUGGCUUACAACUAUCGGUUGAUGCGGACAGAAGAAAUUUACAAGUCAUCGGACCUGAUGUAGUGGCUUGGCUGACAAGCGUGGACGAGAUCAAGACAGAGGCGGAGAAGAUUCUGGAAGACACGGUCCAAGUUCAGAAUGGAUGUGUAUAUGGGUUGUGUCCGAACCUCAAGUCACGUUACAACAUCGACAAUCUCAGAAACCAAGUUGAGAAGCUGGAAAAUACGAGAGUUGGCUUACAACUAUCGGUUGAUGCGGACAGAAGAAAUUUACAAGUCAUCGGACCUGAUGUAGUGGCUUGGCUGACAAGCGUGGACGAGAUCAAGACAGAGGCAGAGAAGAUUCUGGAAGACACGGUCCAAGUUCAGAAUGGAUGUGUAUAUGGGUUGUGUCCCAACCUCAAGUCACGUUACGCUCUCAGUAGAAAGGCAAAGAAGAAAAUUCAAGCCGUUGUUGAGCUCCAAGCUGAUGGCAAGUUUGAGAGGGUGUCUUACCCUCCUCCUCCUCCUCCACUACCACCACCACCACCACCACCAUCACCACCUGUAGUUGGGAUGGGCUCGACAUCCACCGGUGGCGAUAACGGUUUUGAGUCGAGAAUAUCUACUAUGAGAGAGGUUAUGGAGGCUUUAAAGGAUGAUAACAUCCACAUGAUUGGGAUAUGUGGUAUGGGUGGGAUCGGGAAGACAACGAUGGUCAAAGAUGUCGCUCAAAAAGUGAAAACAGGGAAUCUAUUUGAUGAGGUUGUGAUGACAGCUGUUAGCCAACAGGCAGACCUGAAGAAGAUCCAACGCAAUCUUGCAGAGCUGUUGGGUCUGAAACUCGAAGACGAAAGUGAAUUUGCAAGAGCAAGUCGGCUACGCGAGAGACUAAAGGAUGUCGAUAGGGUUCUUGUGAUAUUAGAUGAUGUUUGGGCCCGCCUCGACUUGGCAGACGUAGGCAUCCCUUCUGGAACAGACCAUAAGGGAUGCAAAGCUGUGUUGACUUCGCGAAUUCAAGACGUGUGCAAUGAAAUGGGAACUGAAAAGAAUAUCGCAAUUGAAGUCCUACCAGAUGAUGAAGCAUGGCAACUUUUUGAGGAGAUGGUUGGUGAAUCUGUUGAGAACCCUGAUCUGCAAAAAAUAGCUAAAGAGGUUGCUAACGAAUGCGGUGGUUUACCAAUCUCACUUGUAACCAUAGGAAAGGCUCUAAGGAAUAAAAACAGGCAUGUGUGGAAUGAUGCGCUUAGACAACUAAGAAGGCCAAGUGGAGAAAGCAGCUCAGAAGUGAACGCCAAAGUGCAUCGCUCUCUGGAGCUCAGUUACAAUUUUCUAGAUAAUAAGGAAACAAAGUCAUUGUUUUUGCUAUGCUGUUUAUUUCAAGAAGAUUAUGAUAUUCCAAUCGAAGAGUUGGUAAGAUUGGGAAUGGGGCUAAGGCUGUUCAGUAACAUUGAUGAAUUAGGGGAAGCAAGAGAUCGAGUGUGCGCAUUGGUUGAUAAACUGAAAAGCUAUCAUUUACUGUUAAAGAGCGACGUGGAUGACCAUGUCAAGAUGCACGAUGCAGUACGCGAUGUUGCCAUAUCAAUUGCGUCGAAAGAUGAUCAUGUGUUCAUGGUACAACAUGGUGUUGAAUUGAGAGAGUGGCCAAAGAACAGAAUUUAUAAUCACUACAAUUCAAUUUCAGUGAUAGCAGAUACAAUACAUGAGUUUCCACAGGAAUUAGAGUGCAAAAAGCUCAAGUUGCUCAUGUUAACAUGCAAGAAUGAUUCACUAAAAAGAUCAUACAAUUUUUUUGUGGGGAUGAGAAAACUCGAGGUUCUAACAUUAUCAGGCAUGCCUAUUCAAUUACUACCGUCAUCGCUUUGGUUACUCAGAAACCUCCAAACAUUAGGUCUGCAUUCUUGCCAGUUGAGAGACAUAUCUAUAAUUGGAGAGUUAGUCAAUCUAGAAAUCCUAAGCUUUCGAGGUUCAUCCAUAGAGGUGUUGCCAGAAAAAAUAGGACGAUUGACUAAUUUAAGGUUGUUAGAUCUGCUAGAAUGUAAAAAUCUUCAACGAAUAUCACCAGGCGUCAUAUCAGGCCUAGUCCAAUUACAAGAACUGUAUAUGAGAGACAGCUUUAAACACUGGGAGGCCGAAGAAGGAAAAGGAAGAAGAAACGCAACCCUCACAGAACUGGAGUCCUUACCUCAUUUGAGUACCGUAGACAUUCAUAUACCAGACGCAGCGCUUCUGCCAAGAAAUCCAUCCUUUGAGAACCUGGUGAAAUACAAGAUAUCGGUAGGUGAUUUUAACUACUACAAUGACUAUGAUUGUAGUCGAUUCCGAUAUGAAAAGCAUUUGGUACUGAUACCUCAAAUGCCAAUUCCUUUAGAGAUUGGGAUUGAUAAGCUGCUAAAGAGUGCUGAACUUCUGCAUUUAGAAGGGGAGGGUUCAGAGACCGCAGUACAAGAGUUACUUCAAGAUGGUCAGCUUCAAAACUUGAGGGAUUUAACCCUUGUUUCUUGUGACACGCCUGAAUGUCUUGCCAACACAACGUAUUGGGACUCACCUAGUGCUGUUUUCCCAGUCCUCGAGUCACUGGAAUUGCAAAACCUGCCUAACCUGAAAGAGAUAUGUCAUGGUCAAUUUCCAGUGGGUUCAUUAAAGCAUCUAAGAGGGAUUACACUAUAUCACUUACCUGCUUUGACUCAUUUUCUGGUGGAAGAUCCAACUCAAACUACUUUCUGCCUCAGCAACCUAAGAUCUGUUAGAUUGUUGUUUUGUGACAGAUUGAGAAAUCUCUUUUCACAGUCAAUUGCAAGAGGUUUGCUGCAACUCCAAAAACUCAGCAUUGGUCAUUGUGACAUGAUGGAAGAAGUUGUUUGGAAGGAAAUGGGAGAAGAUGGGAAUUCAACCAACAAGAUAGUGUUCCCCAAAUUGGAAUUCUUGGAGCUAAAGAACCUACCAAGCCUCAAUGGUUUCUCGAGAGGGAUUGAUGAGAUAGAGUUCCCUAAACUGGCUACCUUGCACUUUGAAAGUCUACCAAAGAUCAAGAAUUUUUGCCCUAGAAAUAGUAAUCUAGAUGCUGGAGACAAUUACAAUGCUGCCUUGCAAUCUAUCUUCCCACCAAAGGUUGAAUUCCCAAGCUUGGAGGUACUAGAACUCAGGAACUUUGACCACUUGGAAGGGAUGGUACCUGAGAAACUCCCAGCAGGAUCCUUCUCUAAACUAAGAAAAAUACUGGUGGAAGAGUGCAACAAACUGUUGAAAGCUAUUCCGUCAUGUUUGCUGUCAAGGCUGCAAAAUCUUGAAGAACUCAUCAUAGAAGGUUGCAGGUUGUUAGAAAAGGUAUUUGAAUUGGAGGGUCUACAUAUUAAAGAAGGAGAUUCAGUCAUGCUCUCUCAAUUGAAAUCAGUGAAAUUAAAAAAUCUACCGAAAUUGAACUAUAUUUCAAAGAGGGAGCCAAUGGGAUAUGUGUACUUUCCAGGCCUGCGUGUUCUACAUGUUCAUGGAUGUGACAAUGUGAGAUAUCUGUUCUCACAAGACAUGGUGAUCAAUAGUAUGGCACAACUCGAAGAACUAGAGAUAUGUGAAUGUAAGAUGAUGUCAGUAAUUGUCGCAGAGGGGAAUGAACAAGGUGAAAGUUCAAUGGUUAAAAUUGAGUUCCCAAAAUUGAAAUUCUUGAAGCUUGAAAGUCUGCCAAACCUUGAGAGUUUCUACUCAAAAGUGAAGGUGAUUGAUGAAGGAUCUAGAGAGGAGCUCUCAGAUGACAACCUUCAAAAUCCCAUGCAACCUCUCUUCAAUGAAAACGUUACAUUUCCUAACUUGGAGAACUUGGAGCUCUGUGGACUACAGAACGUAAAGGAGAUAUGGUCCAACCAACUUCUGAUUGGCUCCUUUGGCAAACUAAAAGCACUAAAUGUGAAGUUUUGUAGCAAAUUAACAAAUGUAAUUCCAUCUCAAAUGCUUAUAUUGAUGCCAAAUCUUGAAGAUGUCACUAUAUGGUACUGUGGUUCGGUGGAAGAAGUAUUUGGAGAGGUAGGGGAGCUAACAACUACACAGUUGAGAAAACUCACUUUGAUCCAACUUUAUGGACUCACACAAAUAUGCAAGAACGAUCACCGCGGAGUUCUCUUUAAAAAAUUAUCGUCGUUGAUUGUUAAAGAUUGUAGCAGUUUGACAAAUCUGUUCUCUCAAUCCAUGGUCAAAGCUCUUGUGUAUCUUCAAGAACUAACAAUAUAUCGUUGUUUUAAGAUGGAAGAAAUAGUUAAAGAGGAAGGAGGCGAAGGAAAGAUAGAUAAAAUUUUGUUCCCCAGGCUAAAAUAUUUGAAACUAAAAAGUUUACUGAGGCUGAGGAGUUUUUGCAGCAUCUCUUGUACUUUAGAAUUGCCAAUGCUAGAACGUGUAGCUGUCCUUAAAUGCCCCAAAAUGGAGACUUUCUCUCAAGAGUACUUAAGCACCCCAAAGUUAAGGGAAGUGAAACUGAAAGAGGGACAGCCGUGGCUCCUAAUUUAUGUAAGAGAAACAGAUUUAUGGACAGAUGUGUCGGACUGGGAAGAGACAGAGACAGAAACAGGAGACUGGAGGGGCGAGCUCAAUGACACCAUUCAUUACCUCUUCACCCAAGGAAAGGUAUGCUCUAGACACUCAACAACUCUAGCUACACAUGAUGACCACUCACCUUUUCGUUCCAUUAUAUACUUUAAGGUAAAUUUUAUCAUUAAAAAAUGUUUACGCACCAUUGUAGUGGAGCUAACUUGGACCUAUGGCAAGGAUGUCAACGAUAACAUGGAUGGAGGAACGAGUUUUUCACAACACUGGCCUAGAUGGGCAUGUGUUGAGUCCUACAUCGAAAGUUUGCAAUUGGUUACAUUACACCUACACCCCAAGGCCCAAUAAAUUCUAAAGUACACACUUCUUUUCUAAAUGGCUUAAUUUUAGAAGAGUAAUGACAACUCAAAAGGUUCAUUGGGGUGCCACAGAUUCCUUGUGGUACAAGAAUCGUUUUUCUUAGUUACAUGUAAAGAACACACACACAUGCACACAUCCAUAUACCAAAAGCCAUAUAAGUCUAAAUCCACACAAUUUUCAUAAUUGACUUAAACUUUUUGUGACAACACCAACCUGAACUGACAUAUGUUGAUCCCACGUCAGAAUUUUGUGAUGAGGGUUAUGGGUGAGUUGAGUUCCCACAAUGUUACUUCUAGUAUCAUCUCAAACUUUACAAAUCUAUGCGUUAAGAAUUUACAUUUUUUGGCUAAUUCUCAAUUGGAUUGUCACGUUAUAGAGUUGUGUCACCUAAGAAGUCUUGAUGGUCACACCCUAGGUGAUCGUCUGCGUUUCUAGACACGUUCAGGCCAUAUUUGGACAUCAAACUUUACAAGCCUAUGUACGAAGAAUUUGCAUUUUUAAGCUAAUUCUCAAUUCGUUUAUAGCAUUCUAGAUUCGUAUCAUCUAAUAAGUCACAAUGGUCACCUUAGGCAAUCAUGUUUGUUUCUGGGCAUGUUCGUGUCAUAUUUGGGCCUCAAACUUUACAAGCCUAUGUAUUAAUAAUUUGCAUUUUUAGGUUAAUUCUCAAUUGGAUUGUUGCAUUCUAGAUUUGUGUUGUCCAACAAGUCUCAAUGGUCACACCUUGGGUGACUGUAUGCGUUUCUCUGCUCUCUUGAGAAGAAAGCCAUACACUUGGCUAGUUCCAACGUAGCCUGUAGGAGUCAAGGGGUUGUAGCAGCUCCAGAGAGAAUUAUUGUGAGAGCUGACUUGUGCACAUGAACAUGUGGGCUCGAGAGCCCUGCAGCAUUUCAUGGUUAACCAGGAGGCAGUCAUGGUAUUUAGACAUAACUAAAAAGAAUUAAUUGUGGCGAUAGAAGAUUGUAACAACCUUGGCUACUGCUAGGCAUGUUCUAAGUCUCACAUCGAAAGUGAAGAGGACACUAGCAUGUACUCUUCCUCUAUGAGUGAGAAAAGCUAUUUUCAAAAUAUUUGAUGGGAGUAACAAAAACCUAUCAAAAAAAUUCGAAAUAAGGCUUUCUUUUGGGAUUUCUUUUUGCAAGUUUUAGACAUCCUUGGUUAACACUUUUAGGUAAGUUAUCAACGUAUCUUAUACUGUUAU